AGGAAAGAAAAGAAGGAUCCAGGGUCCUACCAACCUUUGAAACAGCAAAUGGGGGUGGAGGAGAUUCACACACAACGCUCUUCCACUGUCCACUCUGAUUCCAAGAAAGACUGCGACAGCCAGAUAGAAAGGGCAAGAAAAAUAGAAACUUUUUUGGAUAGGAAUAAGCCUACUGUAAUAUUAGAUACUAUAUAUUUAUAUAUCUGUAUACACUGAUGGCAAAGGAUAAUAAUAAUUUUACUAUUUUAGAAGAUAGGGUACGAUGUUGGCGAGUGUGAGAGAGAAAAAAAAUUAGAGCAAGGAGAGGGGCUGGGCUGGGGGGAGGGGAGGGGGUUUGAACUUGAAGAGGGCACGAUAAAAGCACCUAAAAGAAUGUGUCUGGCUGCCAGCAGGACAGCCAUACUAGUACAACAACAACAACAUCAACUGCUACUGCUACUGCUACUGCUACUGCUACCGGAGUCACUGCCCGUUAUAGUCUUUCCACUGCUUCCAUCAGGUUUAACGUUCAGUCACUUUCACAUCAACCAACAUCAUGGGCAACUGCGGCACUAGAGAGGAAUCUGCUGUUGUCUCCAAUGCUCAAGUUCAACAGCAGCUACACCAUAUGUUAUCUUCCUCUUCUGUGGGUGUUAAAAAUGGUCCCUCUGAGAAGAAGCACAGUCAGCCUGUAUCAGAUCUGAAUGAUCCUUCUUCUACCCCUCGAAACUUUGAGGAUUCCAGGAAGAAUGCUGUCCUUUAUACCCAUGUUAUUGCCUUCAGUUUAUAUGAACUGGAAACUAUAACUAAGAGCUUCCGCUCGGAUUACAUCCUUGGCGAAGGUGGAUUUGGGACAGUGUAUAAAGGCUACAUUGAUGAGAAUGUCAGAGUUGGCCUCAAAUCUCUGCCAGUUGCUGUCAAGGUUCUCAACAGGGAGGGUCUUCAGGGCCACCGCGAAUGGCUUACGGAAGUCAACUUUUUGGGGCAGCUUAGGCAUCCUAAUCUUGUGAAGUUGAUUGGAUACUGUUGCGAGGAUGAUCAUAGAUUACUUGUUUAUGAGUUCAUGUUCCGAGGAAGUCUUGAGAAUCACCUCUUUCGAAAAGCAACUGUUCCAUUGCCUUGGGCCACAAGAAUGAUGAUUGCUCUUGGAGCUGCCAAAGGGCUUGCCUUUCUUCACAAUGCUGAAAGGCCAGUUAUAUAUCGGGACUUCAAAACAUCUAAUAUAUUAUUGGACUCUGAUUAUACUGCCAAGCUAUCUGAUUUUGGGCUUGCAAAAGCUGGGCCACAAGGUGAUGAGACUCAUGUGUCAACUCGAGUGAUGGGUACUUAUGGUUAUGCUGCCCCUGAAUAUGUGAUGACUGGUCACUUGACUGCAAGAAGUGAUGUGUACAGCUUUGGAGUUGUUCUUCUAGAGCUAUUAACAGGAAGGAAGUCUGUUGACAAGACAAGGCCUAGCAAGGAGCAAAGCUUAGUAGAUUGGGCCCGUCCAAAAUUGAAUGAUAAGAGAAAAUUGCUGCAAAUAAUUGACCCUAGAUUGGAGAACCAGUACUCUGUAAGGGCAGCACAGAAAGCCUGCAGUUUGGCAUAUUAUUGUUUGAGCCUGAAUCCCAAGGCAAGACCCUUGAUGAGUGAUGUAGUUGAAACUUUGGAACCUCUACAGUGCAAUAACGAUGGCUCUACUGAAGUCUUAUCGACCCCAACCCUAGCAGGUGGUGCCGGUGCAUUUACAAUGGGGAAUGUCUCUGAUUAUCGAAUGCAUCGUAGAUUUUCCAACAAUGUUGGUCCUGGUUCAAGUUGUCGGUCACCUAAUCCUAAUUGCUCCCCAGGUGGUCCUGCUGCAUGUAGGGUUAGAUGAGCAAUGUCACCACUACGUACUUGGUGCACUUUUUCUCCACCAACUGUCUUUGGGAAUGACAAACCUGAUUGUUAAAGCAUGAGUGGAUUUGCUUCUUGGUAUUUCCUGUACAUUCUGUCAUCUUGAUCCCCUCCCGGCUGUUAACUGAUGCUGUCUGACUUUGUGCGUGAAUUACUGUUCUAGUGAAGUUUUUCUUUAUCAA